AGACGACGGAGGCCGCUGCGGCCUCGGCGCUGGCGUUCGUUACCCAGAGCCUAGUCGGCGGCACGAUGAGGCGCAGCAAGGCCGACGUAGAGCGAUACAUCGCUUCGGUGCAGGGCUCUGCCCCGUCACCCCGGGAGAAGUCAAUGAAAGGAUUCUAUUUUGCAAAGCUGUAUUAUGAAGCUAAAGAAUAUGAUCUUGCUAAAAAAUAUAUAUCUACAUAUAUUAAUGUGCAAGAAAGGGAUCCCAAAGCUCACAGAUUUCUCGGUCUUCUUUACGAAGUGGAGGAAAACAUAGAGAAAGCUGUUGAAUGUUACAAGCGUUCAGUGGAAUUAAACCCAACACAGAAAGAUCUUGUGUUGAAGAUUGCAGAAUUGCUCUGUAAAAAUGACGUUACUGAUGGAAGAGCUAAAUACUGGGUUGAACGAGCAGCUAAACUUUUUCCAGGAAGUCCUGCAAUUUAUAAACUAAAGGAACAGCUUUUAGAUUGUAAAGGUGAAGAUGGAUGGAAUAAACUUUUCGACUUGAUUCAGUCAGAACUUUAUGCAAGGCCUGAUGAUGUACACGUGAACAUCCGACUGGUGGAGCUGUAUCGCUCCAAUAGCAGGCUGAGGGAUGCUGUGGCCCACUGCCACCAGGCAGAGAGGAACACAGCCCUGCGCUCAAGUUUAGAGUGGAAUUCCUGUGUAGUACAGACCCUUAAGGAAUACCUGGAAUCUUCACAGUGUUUGGAGUCUGAUAAAAAUAACUGGCGAACAACCAGUCAGGACUUACUUGUAGCCUAUGCUAACCUGAUGCUUCUCACGCUGUCCAUGAGAGAUGCACAGGAGAGCAGAGAAUUACUGGAGAGUUUCGAUAGUGCUCUUCAGUCUGUGAAGUUUCGUGCAGGUGAAAACGAGGAGCUCUUUGCUACGUUCCUGGAAGUGAGAGGACAUUUCUACAUGCACGCUGGGUCGCUGCUGCUAAAGAUGGGCCAGCACAGUGACGUGCAGUGGCGCGCGCUCUCGGAGCUGGCUGCACUCUGCUAUCUCAUAGCCUUCCAGGUUCCAAGACCAAAGAUUAAAUUAAUAAAAGGAGAAGCUGGACAAAGUCUACUGGAAAUGAUGGCCUAUGAUCGUCUGAGCCAAUCAGGGCAUAUGCUGCUAAACUUAAGUCGUGACAAGCAAGACUUUUUAAAAGAGGUUGUAGAAUCCUUUGCCAACAGGAGUGGGCAGUCAGCUUUGUACGAUGCUGUGUUUUCUCGUCAGUUACCUAAGGAUAGCUCUUUCCUUGGUAAUGAUGAUAUUGGAAGCAUUGAUGUACAAGAACCGGAUCCUGAUGAGUUGGCUAGAUAUGAUGUUGGUGCCAUUCGGGCACAUAAUGGUAGUCUUCAACACCUCACCUGGCUUGGCUUACAGUGGAAUUCAUUACCUACCUUACCUGCAGUUCGAAAAUGGCUAAAACAGCUUUUUCAUCAUUUGCCCCAGGAAACCUCAAGACUUGAAACAAAUGCACCUGAAUCAAUAUGUAUUUUAGAUCUUGAAGUAUUUCUGCUUGGGGUAAUAUAUACCAGCCACUUACAGUUAAAGGAAAAGUCUAAUUCUCACUGCAGCUUCUAUCAACCUCUGUGCUUGCCACUGCCUGUGUGUAAACAGCUUUGCACAGAAAGACAGAAAGCAUGGUGGGAUGCAGUUUGUAAUCUAAUUCACAGAAAAGCAGUACCUGGGACCUCAGCAAAAUUGCGACUUCUAGUUCAGCGUGACAUAAACACUCUACGAGGCCAGGAAAAAACUGGCCUUCAGCCUGCUCUGCUUGUGCACUGGGCAAAAUGCCUUCAGAAAACGGGCUUUGAUCUUAAAUCUUUUUAUGAUCAACGAGAAUACAUAGGCAGAAGUGUUCAUUACUGGAAAAAGGUUUUACCAUUGUUGAAGAUGAUCAAAAAGAAGAGCAGCAUCCCUGAGCCUGCUGACCCUCUGUUCAGGCAUUUCCACAGUGCAGACAUUCAGGCAUGUGAAAUUGGUGAAUAUGAAGACGAAGCACACAUAACAUUCGCUAUGUUGGAUGUAGUUAAUGGAAAUAUAGACGAUGCUAUGGCUGCUUUUGAAUCUAUUAAUAACGUCGUUUCUUAUUGGAAUCUUGCACUGCUUUUUCACAGAAAAGCAGAAGACAUUGAUAAUGAUGUGCUUUCUUCUGAAGAACAAGAAGAAUGCAAAAAUUACCUGAGAAAGACCAGGGACUACCUGAUAAAGAUUUUAGAUGACUGUGAUUCAAAUCUGUCAGUAGUUAAGAAAUUGCCUGUGACCCUGGAAUCUGUGAAAGAGAUGCUUAAUUUAGUCAUGCAGGAGCUUGAUGAGUUCAGUGAAGGAGCGCCUCUUCAUAAAAAUGGGUCUUUGCGAAAUGCAGAUUCAGAAAUAAAACACUCGACUUCAUCUCCCACCAAAUUCUCUCCAUCACCAAAUAGAAGUUAUAAGUAUUCUCCCAAAACACCACCUCAGUGGGCAGAAGAUCAAAAUUGCUUAUUGAAAAUGAUCUGCGAACAGGUGGAGGCCAUUAAGAAAGAAAUGCAAGAGUUGAAACUAAAUAGCAGUAGCUCAGGGUCCCCUCAUCGUUGGCCUCCAGAGAAUUAUGGACCAGACCCAGUGCCUGAUAGUUAUCAGGGAUCACAGAAUUUUCACGGGGCCCCACUGACAGUUGCAACUACUGGCCAUUCAGUAUGUUAUAGUCAGUCACCAGCAUAUAAUACCCAGUAUCUACUCAGACCAGCAGCUAAUGUUACUCCCACAAAGGGGCCGGUUUAUGGCAUGAACAGGCUUCCACCUCAGCAGCACGUCUACGGCUACCCCCAGCAGAUGCACACGCCGCCCGUGCAGAGCUCAUCAGCGUGCAUGUUCUCUCAAGACAUGUAUGGCCCCCCAUUGCGUUUUGAGUCUCCUGCAACAGGAAUUCUGUCACCCAGGGGUGAUGAUUACUUUAAUUACAAUGUUCAACAGACGAGCACAAAUCCACCUUUGCCAGAACCAGGUUAUUUUACAAAACCUCCACUUGCAGCACAUGCUUCAAGGUCUGCAGAACCUAAGGUUUUAGAAUUUGGAAAAACCAAUUUUGUUCACCCAGUGCCUGGUGAAGGAAUGAGGCCAUCUCUGGCAGCACCUGCACAUACAACACAGCCGACUCCUUUCAAAUUUAAUUCAAAUUUCAAGUCAAAUGAUGGUGACUUCACGUUUUCCUCACCACAGGUUGUGGCACAGCCCCCUUCUACGACUUACAACAAUAAUGAAAGCCUCUUAGGUCUGCUGACUUCAGAUAAACCUUUGCAGGGAGAUGGGUACAGUGGACCAAAAGCUGCUCAAAACAUGGGACCUCGAAAUACGUUCAAUUUUGGAAGCAAAAAUGUGCCUGGAAUUUCAUUAACCGAGAACAUGGGUACAAAUCAGCCAAAGAAUUCUGGUUUUCGACGCAGUGAUGAUAUGUUUACUUUCUACAGCCCAGGGAAAUCAGUGUUCGGAGUGCCUGCCACAGAGCCCGCCAGCAAGGGUCACGAUGCUGAUGGGGGAAGUGCACAGGGGGACGAGGAGGAUGAUGGCCCUCACUUUGAGCCCGUGGUGCCUCUUCCUGACAAGAUCGAAGUGAGGACUGGUGAGGAGGACGAGGAGGAGUUCUUCUGCAAUCGUGCAAAGUUGUAUCGCUUCGAUGCAGCAUCCCGAGAGUGGAAGGAGCGUGGAAUCGGCAAUGUUAAGAUCCUCAGGCACAAAACCUCCGGUAAAAUCCGCCUGCUCAUGAGACGUGAGCAGGUGCUGAAGAUCUGUGCAAAUCACUACAUCAGCCCAGACAUGGCCCUUGCCCCUAACGCUGGCUCAGACAGGUCCUUUGUGUGGUAUGCUCUGGACUAUGCCGAUGAGUCGCCCAAACCAGAGCAGCUGGCCAUUAGGUUCAAGACGCCUGAGGAGGCAGCCCUUUUCAAGUGCAAGUUUGAAGAGGCCCAGAGCCUGUUGAAAGCCUCAGGAGCAAAUGUAGCCAAAACCACCCAUCAGGCCACGAGAACUAUAAAAGAACCCACAGGUCAUGACAGUAAGGAUAUUGACAAAUCUGAUGGCAUAACUAUGAAUUUUGAAUUUCAGGUUGCAAAGAAAGAAGGGUCUUGGUGGCAUUGCAACAUCUGCUCACUGAAGAACAUGGCAACUGCUAAGAAGUGUAUAUCAUGCCAGAAUCUAAACCCAGGCAGUAAGGAGCUCCUCGGCCCACCAUUAGUUGAAACUGUCUCGGCUCCUAAACCCGGCUCAGAACAUACGCCCGGUAGAUCUGCUCUGGUGACUCUAAAGAAGGAAGGACACUGGGACUGUGGUGUUUGUUUUGUAAGAAAUGACCCCACUGUGUCUCAAUGCAUUGAAUGUCAGAGUAAAAAGCCUGCUAGCAAAAGUGGAUCUCCACUUGUUAAGCAGCCUUCCUUUAAAUUUGGCCAGGGAGAUCUUCCUAAGACUGCCAGCAGUGAUUUCAAAUCCGUUUUUUCAGUAAAGGAGGGACAGUGGGAUUGCAGUGUUUGCUUGAGAGGAAAUGAAGGAAGUUCUGUGAAAUGUGAGGCUUGUCAGACUCCACGGAAACAAAGUUCACCUGCCUUCACUGCCCCAGCACCUGCCUCGUUAAAGUUUGGUACUUCAGAGACAAGCAAGGCUCCAAAGAGUGGAUUUGAAGGCAUUUUCACCAAGAAGGAAGGACAGUGGGAUUGCUCAGUGCAAAAUGAGGCCAGCACGGCCGAGUGUGUGGCCUGUCAGAACCCAGGUCAGAAUCCUCCAGCUUCUGCUGCUCCAGCACCUGCUUCUUCAGAAACAGGCAAGGCUCCAAAGAGUAGACUUGAGGAGCUGUUCGCCAAGAAGGAGGGACAGUGGGAUUGCAAUGUCUGCAUGAUACGAAAUGAAGGAAGUUCUCCAAAAUGUGUGGCUUGUGGUGCCUCUAACCCAACCCAGAACCCUGCUGCAGAAGUGCCUCUCACUUUCCCUGUGGGCUCCACAGCUGAGACAAGUAACUCCUGUGCAAGUCAGACAGGAACAGGAUUUAAGAGUAACUUUUCAGAAAAAGCCUUUAAGUUUGCCAAUGCAGAACAGGGAUUUAAAUUUGGGCUCGUGGAUCAGGAAAAUGCACCUUCAUUUAAAUUUCAGAGUUCUUCUAAUACAGACUCUAAAUCAGCAAAGGAAGGAUUUAGUUUUUCUGUCCCUGUGUCUGCUGGUGGGUUUAAAUUUGGCAUUCAAGAGACAGAAAAUCAGGAGAAGACUACUGAGAAGUCCUUUGGCGAGGAUACUGGUGGUCAGGCUCAAGACACUGGUGGUCAGAAAGACGGGAGUACUGUGAUCUUUGGUCAGACUGGCAGCACUUUCACCUUUGCAGAUCUUGCCAAGUCAAAUUCAGGAGAAGGGUUUCAGUUUGGCAAAAAAGACCCCAAUUUCAAGGGAUUUUCAGGUGCUGGAGAGAAGUUAUUCUCAUCACAAAGUAGUAAACUAGCUGAUAAAGUGGACGCUUGUGCUGAUCAUGAGAAAGAUGAUGAUGCCUAUAAGACCGAGGACAGUGACGACAUCCAUUUUGAACCAGUUGUCCAGAUGCCUGAGAAAGUGGAGCUGGUCACAGGAGAGGAAGAUGAGAAAGUUCUUUACUCACAGCGGGUGAAAUUAUUUAGGUUUGAUGCUGAGAUAAGUCAGUGGAAAGAAAGGGGCUUGGGGAACUUAAAAAUCCUCAAAAACGAAGUCAACGGCAAACUGCGGAUGCUGAUGCGGAGAGAACAGGUGCUAAAGGUGUGUGCCAACCACUGGAUCACCACCACCAUGCACCUGAAGCCCCUCUCCGGCUCGGACAGGGCUUGGAUGUGGUUGGCCAGUGACUUUUCUGAUGGCGAUGCCAAACUCGAGCAGCUGGCGGCAAAAUUCAAGACACCUGAACUGGCUGAAGAAUUCAAGCAGAAAUUUGAGGAAUGCCAGCGACUUCUGUUAGACAUUCCCCUGCAGACUCCCCAUAAGCUUGUGGAUACUGGCAGGGCCGCCAAGUUAAUACAGAGAGCGGAAGAAAUGAAGAGUGGGCUAAAAGAUUUCAAGACGUUUUUGACGAACGAUCAGACAAAAGUCAGUGAGGAAGACAGUAAGGAUUCCAGAGCAGGAGCUGCCACUGCUGCCGAUGUGAGUGGCGCGCCAAACACUGAGACCACGGGGCCCACCCUGGAGUGGGACAACUAUGACCUCAGGGAGGACGCCUUGGACGACAGUGUGAGCAGCAGCUCUGUGCAUGCCUCCCCGCUAGCCAGCAGCCCCGUGAGGAAAAACCUCUUCCGCUUCGGCGAGUCUACCACUGGCUUUAACUUCAGCUUCAAGUCUGCUCUGAGCCCGUCCAAGUCCCCUGGCAAGUUGAAUCAGAGUGGGGCCUCAGUGGGCACGGAUGAAGACUCUGAUGUCACUCAGGAGGAGGAGAGAGACGGACAGCACUUCGAGCCUGUUGUCCCUUUGCCUGAUCUAGUCGAGGUGUCCAGUGGGGAAGAAAACGAACAAGUUGUUUUUAGUCACAGAGCCAAACUCUACAGGUAUGAUAAAGAUGCUGGUCAGUGGAAAGAAAGAGGCAUCGGCGAUAUAAAAAUUUUACAGAACUACGAAAACAAGCAAGUUCGUAUAGUGAUGAGAAGGGACCAGGUAUUAAAACUUUGUGCCAACCACAGAAUAACUCCAGACAUGACUUUGCAAAAUAUGAAAGGGACCGAAAGAGUGUGGGUGUGGACUGCAUGUGAUUUUGCAGAUGGAGAAAGAAAAAUAGAACAUUUAGCUGUUCGUUUUAAACUACAGGAUGUUGCAGACUCAUUUAAGAAAAUAUUUGAUGAAGCAAAAGUGGCCCAAGAAAAAGAUUUUUUGAUAACCCCUCACGUUGCUCGUUCGACCACUCCCAGGGAGUCACCUUGUGGGAAAAUGGCUGUUGCUGUGUUAGAAGAAACCACCAGAGAACGAACUGAUUUGUCUCAGGGUGAUGAUGCGGCAGACACAACCUCAGAAAUUGGCGGGGUGUCUGGCACCCCUGAAACAACAACAAAAGCAGUAGUUUCACCCCCAAAGUUUGUAUUUGGUUCUGAGUCUGUUAAAAGCAUUUUUAGCAGUGAAAAGUCAAAACCAUUUGCAUUUGGCAACAGUUCAGCUACUGGAUCAUUGUUUGGAUUUAGUUUUAACACACCUCUGAAAAAUAACAGUAGUGAAGCCAGUUCAGCAGCCCAGAGUGGAUCUGAGAGAAAAGUGGAACCUGGUGGUUGCCAGGAGUCGCAGAACUCUGAUCUCAAACCGGCUUCUGACGGCAAAGUCAAAAACACCUCUCCUGCUUUUCUGAAGGAGCAGUUCUCAACCAGCCACACGUUUAAAACUCCAGAAAAGGUGGAAGAGAGGAAAAAACCUGAGGAUCUUCCCUCUGAUGAUGAUGUUCUCAUUGUGUAUGAGCUAACCCCAACCCCUGAGCAAAGAGCUCUUGCAAGCAGACUUCAGCUUCCCCCCACAUUUUUCUGCUAUAAGAACAGGCCAGACUACAUCAGCGAGGAGGAGGAAGACGAUGAAGAUUUCGACACAGCUGUCAAGAAACUCAAUGGAAAACUGUAUCUGGAUGACUCAGAAACAUGUAGACUAUCAGAAGAAAAUCUAACAGAUAAUGAGAAAGAAUGUGUUAUUGUUUGGGAAAAGAAGCCAACAGUUGAAGAGAAGGCAAAAGCAGACACUCUGAAGCUUCCGCCUACAUUUUUUUGUGGCGUCUGCAGUGACACUGAUGAGGACAAUGGAAAUGCGGACGACUUUCAGUCGGAGCUUCAGAAAGUGCAGGAGGCACAAAAAUCCCAGGACAAGAACAUAGCUAGCUCAGCCGAUGGCAUAUGUACAGAUGACACUAAAGUGACUGUGCCAUUUUUGUGUAAAUCUGAAGAGCCAGAGUUUACUACCAAAUCUGUUAGUUCACCAUCAGUUUCUUCUGGAACUGUUGACAAACCUGUGGAUUUAUCUACUAGAAAGGAAAAUGAUGGAGAUUCUACAAGCCAAGUGGAAAGCAAAACAGUUGCAUUUGGAUUCGGAAGUGGCACAGGGCUGUCAUUUGCGGACUUGGCUUCCAGUAACUCUGGGGAUUUUGCUUUUGGAUCCAAAGAUAAAAAUUUCCAGUGGGCAAAUACUGGAGCAGCGGUGUUUGGAUCACAGUCAACCAGUAAAGUUGGCGAAGCUGAAGAUGGUAGUGAUGAAGAGGUAGUUCAUAAUGAAGAUAUCCAUUUUGAACCAAUAGUGUCACUACCAGAGGUAGAAGUGAAAUCUGGAGAAGAAGAUGAAGAAAUUUUAUUUAAAGAGAGAGCCAAACUUUACAGGUGGGAUCGAGAGGCCAGUCAGUGGAAGGAGCGUGGGGUUGGAGACAUGAAGAUCCUCUGGCACACUGUGAAGAAUUACUAUCGGAUUCUGAUGAGAAGAGACCAGGUGUUCAAAGUGUGUGCGAACCACGUCAUCACCAAGACAAUGGAACUGAAACCCUUGAAUGUUUCCAACAACGCUUUAGUUUGGACUGCCUCAGAUUAUGCUGAUGGAGAAGCCAAAGUGGAACAGCUUGCAGUGAGAUUUAAAACUAAAGAAAUGGCUGAUUGUUUCAAGAAGAAAUUUGAAGAAUGUCAACAGAAUUUAUUGAAACCCCAGAAAGGACAGUUAUCACUGACAGCAGAGUUCUCAAAGGAGACAAAUCCUGUGGUGUUUUUUGACGUUUGUGCAGAUGAUGAGCCCCUGGGACGUAUAACCAUGGAAUUAUUUUCAAACAUUGUUCCUAAAACUGCUGAGAACUUCAGAGCACUGUGCACUGGAGAGAAGGGCUUUGGUUUCAAGAGCUCCAUAUUCCACAGAGUGAUUCCAGAUUUUGUUUGCCAAGGGGGAGAUAUCACAAAACAUGAUGGAACAGGAGGACGGUCCAUUUAUGGAGAUAAAUUUGAAGAUGAAAAUUUUGAUGUGAAACAUACAGGACCUGGUUUACUAUCGAUGGCCAGUCAAGGCCAGAACACCAAUAAUUCUCAAUUUUUCAUAAUACUGAAAAAAGCAGAACAUUUGGACUUUAAGCAUGUAGUAUUUGGGUUUGUUAAAGACGGUAUGGAUACUGUGAAAAAGAUUGAAUCAUUUGGUUCUCCUCAAGGGUCUGUUAGUCGACGAAUUAUCAUCACAGAAUGUGGACAGAUAUAAAAUCAUUGUUUUCCAUAGUAAAUUUUACCUGUAUAAAAGUUGAAUCGAGGCCUAGCUGUUUUGACAACAUGGUAAUUAUGUUCAGCUUUUGAAAAUGGACGUUUCCAAUGUACAAAUGUAAAAUUGCAGCUUAUAGCUGUUGUCACUUUCUAAUGUGUUAUAAUUGACCUUGCAUGGUGUGAAAUAAAAGUUUAAACACUGGUGUAUUUUCAGGUGUACUUGUGUUUAUGUACUCCUGACAUAUUUGUAUUAAAAUGGAAUACUAAUCUUGUUAAAAGCAAUAGACCUUCUCAAACUAUUGAAAGAAUAUGAUAUAUGCAAUUUAAUUUUAGUUCCUUUUAAGAUAUUAGACUUCCUGCAUGGAUAUACUUACUGUUUGAAUAAAGGGACCAUGACUUGGAUAAUUUUUAUUUCAGAUUUGGACUAUAUUUGGUAAUUUUAACUAUUGGUGUGUUCAGUUAUGAACAGAGAUUCACUUGUAAAUGGGUAGAGCCACAGAGGGCAGAGACUUAACCAAAGUGCUCUUCUAUAAAUUCUUGCACCUCCUGUAUAGUUAAAUUAUCUUUUAAGCAGAGUACCUUUUUUCCUUAAAAUGAUAUGUAGCUUCCUGUGCCCUUUCAAAGGUAUUAAAUUAAUUUUUACAUUUUAAGUUGAGUAAUUAGAUUUUUUAAAAAACCUUUCUGUCAUCUGUUUCUACUACCUCAAACUGCAUUGGUUCUGAUAGAACUUGAAUUUUUCCUUGCAGUUAUUGUGAUAAAGUAUGAGUAUUUUAAACAGGUCUAUACCAUGUUCUUUGGUUAAAAAUUUGCUUUAUACUAGACUGUUGCAGUACCUUUUUCUGGUGAAUUUUGUAGCAAAAAUAAAGUGACAAUUGUUAACAGCCA